AUGAUGCGCGCCGCUCUGCUUUCGGCAGCUUUCCAAGCAUUAUACCUCACUGGUGUCAACGCCGCACCCUCCGCUCCUUCUUCCCUCCAGACUUGCCUCACUCAGGUCUUUGCCUCCAACAAAGGCGGGGUGCACUUCCCUCAAGACGCUCUUUACCAGCUCCUCUACGUUAAGCCAUACAACACCAACAUUCCCAUUACCCCCGCAGCCGUAACUCAGCCCAAGAGCGCGGCCGAUGUCUCCGCGAUCGUCAAAUGUGCAGCUGCAAGUGGUGUGAAAGUGCAGGCGCGAAGCGGUGGACAUAGCUACGCCAACUAUUGCCUUGGUGGCGAAGACGGCGCUGUUGUUGUCGAUCUCGUCAAUCUUCAAGGAUUCAAGAUGGACAACUCAACUUGGCAAGCGACCAUUGGCGCUGGAUCCCUCCUUGGGGAUGUCACCGAGCGUCUCCAUAAGGCUGGCGGACGAGCCAUGGCCCAUGGCACUUGCCCUCAAGUCGGAAUAGGUGGGCACGCCACUAUCGGUGGUCUGGGUCCCAUUUCGCGCCAAUGGGGAACAGCACUUGACCACGUUCUCGAGAUCGAGAUUGUUUUGGCCAACGGAACUAUCACGCGAGCCAACUCUACCUACAACCCAGACAUUCUCUGGGCAGCGAAAGGGGCUGCUGCAUCGUUCGGUAUCAUCACCGAGUUUGUUGUCCGCACUCAGGCGGAGGUUACCAAUGCGGUCGUAUACAACUACAAGAUCUUGCUUGGUUCCCAUGCUUCACAUGCCGCUACAUUCGCUGCUUGGCAGUCCAUUGUCGCUGAUCCUAAGCUUGACCGCAGAUUGGCUUCCCAAGUAAUCGUCUUCCAGCUGGGAAUGAUCGUCACCGGCACCUUCUUUGGUUCUCGCGAAGAAUUCAACGCUCUCAACUUUGUUGGCCGUCUGUCCGGCAAUGCAACUGUCGAAGUCUCACUGCUGGACACAUGGCUGGGGAUCGUCGCAAAUUGGGCUGAGAAUGAGGCUCUGCAACUUAUUGGCGGCAUUGCUAGCCCCUUCUAUUCCAAGAGUCUGGCAUUCAAACCCAGCACCCUUAUACCCCAGCAAGGAAUCACGGAUCUAUUCAAGUACUUUGAUGAAGCGUCCAAGGGCACAUUGAUUUGGUUCGCUAUAUUCGACCUUGCUGGCGGUGCUGUCAACGAUGUUGCCCAAGACGCUACCAGCUAUGCCCAUCGAGAUGUUUUGUUCUACCUGCAAACCUACGCCGUUGGCCUUAUUGCGCUCUCUGAUACCACAACCGCGUUUGUAGAAGGCAUCAGCAAUACCCUUUACAAGGCUAUGCCUAAUCUCCCCGUCGAGGCCUAUGCCGGCUACGUUGAUCCCAAACUGUCCAAUGGCCAACAGGCAUACUGGACCACUAAUCUCCCUCGAUUGCAGCAAAUCAAGUCCCAAAUUGAUCCGACGGAUGUGUUCCACAACCCACAGAGCGUCAGACCAGUAGCAAACGCUGCUCCAAAGGCUCUGACCGCCGCCGUAAGGCCUCAGAAUGCGGCCAGAGUUGCUUCUCCAAAUGAAGCCCAACUCGAGCCCGAAUGGGCUGCUAAUUGGAAGAACUGGAAGAUUUUAUCAUCUCUCUACACCGCGAAGGCCCUCUCUCCGUAG